GCAUGUGCUAUUUUGUGACUACAUAACUACACGGUUCAGCCAAGCAACACGCAUAGACGCAAUGGAAGGAGGUAUGGCGAGGGAAAACGACAGGGAUGUUAAGCCUAAAUAUCAUCGUACUAAAGUUGUCCGACAAGGACUGGUUCUUUUGGCAGCCUUCUUCUGUCAAAUGAUUAGCCUAGGAUUUGCCUUCUCCCUGGGAGUUUUCUACGUGGAGUUUGUGGCAAGCUUUCCCGUGGGUCGAGGAGCUGUUUCCUGGGCUACCUCUCUCUGUAGCGGUUUGCUGUUUGGAGCCGGUCUUUUCGUGGGGUGGUGUAUCCAGAGGGCCGGUCCGCGCAUGUGUACGAUGCUGGGUAGUCUCAUCGCCACGGCAGGGGUUCUGUCCAGCUCUUUUGUCUCAAACCUUGAACUUCUCUACGUCACCUUUGGAGGUUUAAGUGGUAUCGGGCUAUGUCUGGUGCAGAUGUCUUCGGCCGUCGCUAUUGACCGUCAUUUCCAGCAGGGUACCGCGGCUGCCAUGUCUAUCGCUGCCGUAGGGGCGGGUAUUGGGUCUCUCUCCUUUCCGGUCCUUCUCAGAUUCCUCAUAGAUUAUUACAACUGGAGAGGAGCGCUGAUGGUAUUUAGUGGUGUAAUCUUGAAUGCUUUGCCUCUCGGCAUUCUCUUCGUUCCCGUGAAACCCAAGGUGAAGGAGGAAUUAAAAAACAACGACGCGAUUCAGUUGGAUGAAUCACAAAUAAUAGCAGCGGAUGAAGAAGUCACAACUACCGGUGCAGAAAAACAAGUGGAAAGCGGACCCAUGAACAAAGCAAAGAACAAAUUCUGUGCUUCAUCAAUGUUCAGGAACAUUCUGUACGACCUGUACCUGGCAAUUACCCCUGUGAUCUCCACGGGUUACUCCUUCCCGUUCGUUGCCCUGGUGGACCUCGCGCUACUCCGGGGCAUCGACAAGAACCGGGGCACCUGGCUGGUGACGUAUAUCAGCAUCAGCACAACGAUUACCACUUUCGUAAUAGGGUUACUCCUUAGAUAUUUCCACAAGCGUUCCCUUCGUUUUUUUGACGUCUCUUUGUUAAUCAUGGGGACAGUUUUGUUUGUGUUUCCUACGCUGAAGAGUUAUGCGUCUCUUGUGUGUGGGUCGGUGGCAUACGGCAUCGCCAUGGGAGGGCUGACAGCAACUUACGCUGUUAUUGUGGUAGAUAUGAUUGGUUCACGUCAGUAUGCUACGGGCUUUGGUUUCGUGUGCACGGGGUACGGCGUGGGAUACCUGCUGGGCACACCAGUAGCUGGUUGGAUCAAUGACCUAACCGGAAGUUACGACACUUCAUUUUACAUCGCCGGAAGUUUGUGCCUAGGGCCCGCCAUUCCAUUCAUCGUCACCCAGCUGGUACUACACUACAGAAAGUCCAAGAAGCAUUCUCUAAAAGUGAAAAGUUACAAGACUGAAACGAAUGUUCCACAAUCACCUUAGGAUGGUCCAUGAACUGUUUUCAACUUAACUCGAAUUUGUGAAUAAUUACUUCCAGACAAUACUACGCUUGAUAUCACUAUCUCUAAGGAAUACAACCAAAUGAUUGGAUCGUAAAGUGGAUUUUGUGAUUUUAAGAGAAAAAAAAAUGUAAAAAACAUAGAGAGCAUCCGGAGAAAGACCAUUGAAAAUUGCAUCUGAAAAUGCUUUCACGUCGUUUUUCUAUACAUUUUUUCACCGAAUUAGAUGGUGUCAAAUGUUGGG